AUGUCAAAGCCUCAAAAAUCAUCUCCUUCGCUGAGACACGGCUCACAAUUAAGAAGACCCUCUUUCAACAAUAAUCAUAAACAAGGCACUACUACUUUGAAAAAGAAGAAAUCGUUUCAAUAUAACAAUAAAAAACCUUUGUUAAAAAAUACUGGUCCAGAUAUGACCACGAAGUCCCGGGAAAUAGCUUAUUUCAUGCAAACUACCUUCCCAGAUCUAGAUGAUGACCUCAACUUCGACACUUUUGUCAAUUAUUCAACCUCCUUGCUGUCAAAAUGUAUAUUUUCAAGUGUUGUUGAUAUUUUGUGUUUAAUUUCCGAUAAAUAUGAUUCCUCAGGUUUGGAAAAAAAAUAUUCAUUCAAUGGAGAUUCUACCUCAAGUAGUACGACCAGAACUUCUUCAGAAAUUGAUUCCUUAUAUAAGUUGGUGAUGUCUCUGGGAGCCUACGUGUGA